AUGCCUCGAUGGCAGCAUUGUUUGCGCGGUCAGGUCCAGCAAACCAUGACUGGGCUUUAUCCUUUUUCUUCAGGUUCUUCUAGGGUUCUGUGUCCUUUGUUGGAGCUGGGACAUAGUUUAUUUUUCCACAACUUACCACAAGAAACAUUUAACUUUGGCCGGGGAAUGGUUGCUAGACAUGUCUACUAUUUCCUUGAAUCGGUGUACCCGAUCAUGACAGGUUGGCAUCCCCUGAGAACUCCGACUAUUAUCAAGUCCUCGUUUGCGGUUGAGCCUGUAGUGGCUGAUUGGCGUGCAGAUGUGAGAUUUGCUGCUCCACCUUUAGACGAUAUUCAACAGAAUUGA